AUGAUAUCUCUGCGCCACCAUCUUGAUGAGGGGUUGAAAAUGCAAUACCUCACUAUUAAAAAACCCCUUAUACUGUGGAAUAAUUUAAAAGACAGAUAUGACCACCUGAAGUUGGUCAUUCUUUCACAGGCGCGUCAUGAUUGGUUUAAUCUGAGGUUACUAGACUUUAAAAGUAUAACUGAAUAUAAUUCUUCCAUGUAUAGAAUUAUAUCACGGUUAAAUUUAUGCGGAGAAGAGGUCACUGAACAUGAUAAGCUUGAGAAAACAUACUCCAUAUUUCCUACCUCGAGUAUGCUCCUGCAGCAGCAAUAUCGAGAAAUGAGUUUGAAAAAAUAUUCUGAAUUACUUUCACAUCUGCUUAUUGCUGAACGACAUAACGACCUAUUGAUAAAAAAUCAUCAAAGUUGGCCCGUUGGUUCUAUGCCACUCCCUGAAGUGAAUCAGGAAAAUUAUCACCAACGAGAAAGAUGUCGUGGCUCCUAUCGUGGUCGUGGCUCCGGUCAUGGUCGUGGUCGUAAAAUAAAUUAUAAGUAUGAUGUUCGUCUUGCACCAAAAAAUGACCAGCAGUAUAAGAGGAAGGGUGAAAGACAAGAAGUAAUACAAAAGAAAAUUUCAGAAAGUGUAUGUCAUAGAUGUGGAAGUAUGGGGCACUGGUCGCGUACUUGUCGAUCAUCUAAGCAUCUAGUUCAGCUCUAUCAAGCAUCCUUGAAAAAGGGUAAUAAUAAUCCAGAAGCAAACUUUAUCUCUGAAGAUAAUGUUGAGCCCAUACAUAAGAUGAAUAAUAAUGCAGAAGCAAACUUUAUCUCUGAAGAUAAUGUUGAGCCUAUGCACCUGGAUGUAGCUGAUUUCUUUGUAUUCCCUGAAGGAAAAACGAUCAGUGACGAGCCCGCAAUAAUCUAG